CAAAAGUACCAUCGGGAUCAGUAUACGCGUACCCGCGCUUCAAACACCAUAAACAUUUACGCUAAAAGUGGUACCUAGUGGGGCAUCAGGUGGUACCUUUGAAUUGGAAGGCCAGUACCGCGGUAAUACAAGUGCAAGGUCGAGCAAGGCCGUUUACGAAGAUUUUUACACGGUUUGGAAGUAUUGCCGUUGGUGCCAAAUUUUUUCGUCAAAAAUGAAGGCUUACAUCUUUACCUUAACAUGCUUGUUUGCACUCACCACAGCAUCCCCAGCAGCACAAAGAAAAGCCAAGUCCCUCUUCUUCGACUACCUCCCAAGCAACGACUACGAAUUCGAAAGCACAGACUUGGACGACUCUAGCAACUACGUCAAAGAAGAAGAUCUUGCUCGUACCAUCUCCCAAGGUGGAAGGAAAAUCCACAAGGUCAUCCCAGGGAACUCCUACAACUCCCCUAUAUACUACAUAGCCUUACCGCCCCAACCUUACAUCUUUGUCCCUGGAAUGGGCUACAUGUCACAGCCUCCAAACCCAAGUACCAACUUCUUGAACCUCCCAAUCAAUUUCCUAGCCAACGGAAAGCCUAGCAACAUCUACCAAUGGUCAGCAACGAACUACCCAAGCAAACCUACCACAAUCAAACCUGUAGAAAAACCAAAACCGAUGGAUUCACCGAUCAUAAACCUCGACAACAGAUUCGUCUUCAACGGCAAGCCUUCAGACACCAUCAGCAUACUCAGGGAUUCCUACAACGCCCUGUAUAGCGACGCGCUUCAAAACUUCUAUCCUUAAAUCAAUGUCAAUCAGGUUUAAUUCGCUUUAGAUUUGGAGUAACGUGAAAUCCAAGGUCUCCGUUUUUGGGAAACGACUGAUAUUUGUGUUUAGUUAAUUGAUUGUUGAACGAAAUCUUCCUGUUUUUUGGAGGCUUUUGUUAAUUGAUUCUUCGCUCUUCGCUCAGAUUGGUCCGUUGUAAUCGAAGUUGAAGGUUUUCAAGUCGAUUCGAGAGAUAUAUGAUUAAUUUAUUUGAUGUAGUAGAGUUCUAUGGAGUAUUUAUUGUUAUUUAUAAAGUGUAUUUUUACUCUA